AUGACCAGUGUCACUGUCCAGUCAGAGCUCCAAAUCACAGAGGAGGGGGAGAUCGUGGGUGGGGGCAGCAACGAGGCUCAGGCUACAAUGUCUCAGACUGUGAGGGACGGUGCCAUCCUUCCAACAGAGAAGAGGUUUUUCUGUACUGAGUGCGGGAAGUGUUUCCAUUCUAAAUCUAAUCUUAAUGUGCAUAUAAGAUCUCACACAGGGGAGAAGCCGUAUUCCUGUUCUGAGUGUGGGAAAUGUUUUUCACGGAAGUCCCAUCUUUACACACAUCAGAGAUCUCACACAGGGGAAAAGCCGUAUUCCUGUCCUGAGUGUGGGAAAUGUUUUUCAGAUAAGUCCAGUCUUUCCAAACAUCAGAGAUCUCACAUGGGAGAGAAGCCGUAUUCCUGUCCUGAGUGUGGGAAAUGUUUUUCACAGAGGUCACAUCUUUCCACACAUCAGAUAUUUCACACGGGGGAGAAGCCGUAUUCCUGUCCUGAGUGCGGGAAAUGUUUUUCAGAUAAGUCCAGUCUUUACAGACAUCAGAGAUUUCACACGGGGGAGAAGCCGUAUUCCUGUCCUGAGUGCAGGAAAUGUUUUACACAGAAAUCCAGUCUUUACACACAUCAGAGAUCUCACACAGGUGAGAAGCCAUAUUCCUGUCCUGAGUGUGGAGAAUGUUUUUCACAAAAUUCUAAUCUUAAAAAACAUCAGAGGCUCCACAUAGCUGGGAAACCAUAUUCCUGUCCUGAGUGUGGGAAACUUUUUUCACAGAAGUCAACUCUUUACAGCCAUCAGAGAUCUCACACAGGGGAGAAGCAAUUCUUAUGUCCUGAGUGUGGAAAAUGUUUUUCACGGAAGUCCCAUCUUUACAGCCAUCAGAGAUUUCACACAGGGGAGAAGCCAUUUUCAUGUCCUGAGUGCGGGAAAUGGUUUUCCCAGAAGUACCAUCUUUACAGCCAUCAAAGAUCUCACACGGGGGAAAAGCCAUUUUUAUGUUCUGAGUGCGGGAAAUGUUUUUCACGGAAGUCCCAUCUUCACACACAUCAGAGAUCUCACACGGGGGAGAAGCCGUAUUCCUGUCUUGAGUGCGGGAAAUGUUUUUCAAAGGAGUUCAAUCUUUACAAACAUCAGAAAUGUCACACAGGAGAGAAGCCCCUUUCCUGUCCUGAGUGUGGGAAAUGUUUUUCAGACAAGUUCAGUCUUUCCAGACAUCAGAGAUCUCACACGGGGGAGAAGCCGUAUUCCUGUCCUGAGUGUGGGAAAUGUUUUUCAGAGAAGUCCAGUCUUUCCAGACAUCAGAGAUCUCACACAGGG